GUCGAUCAUCUUAGCUUUCGUAGCAGAUCAGGGCUGGCCGGCUUGCUUCAAGGCUUGCUGGUUGAUUGGCUCCUCGAUCUACUGCUGCAUCGUACCGCCGCUGCCCCUGCACUGAGAGAGUUAGUGACAUGGAUUUAAAAACCAUCCAUGUAGCAGCAUGUCUCACCAUAGCACUUCUGUUUCUGAUCACCACUAAAAUGAUGAUCCUACAAAGAAAAGAUCUAAACAAAAGAGUGCCAGCACUUCCACCUGUUGUGAGUUUCGUUUCACUAAUUGCUUCUCUGCCUACACUCCUAACAAGGGGUCUCCCUGCCGUGAUCCAUGGCCUGCACGCAAAGCUCGGAACCGUAUUCACGAUAAGCCUGUUUGGGGUGAAGAAGGUGACCUUUCUGGUUGGGCCAGAGGCCACAGCUCACUUCUUCGAAGGCUCAGAGUCAGAGAUCAGACAGUCGAAUAUCUACGAAUUCAGUGUGCCCGUUGUUGGCCGAGGAGUUCUGUAUGAUGUGGACUUGACUACCAGGAGCAGGCAGCUCAGCUUCUGCACCAACGCGAUAAAGCCGAUGAACGUGAGAAGCCAUGUUGAUGCUAUGGUUCAAGAGGUUGAGGGUUACUUUGCACAAUGGGGGCAACAUGGCGUUGUUGAUCUAAAGCAUGAGAUUUGGCACUUGAUCCUUGUCAUCGCAAAUCGGUGCUUGCUCGGAAAGCAUAUACGGGAAAACAUGUUCGACCAAGUAGCCACACUCCUCAACGAACUCUUCGACAACACCUCCUACCUAAUCAGCUUCUUCUUCCCUUACCUCCCUAUCCCGCCGCACCACCGGCGCGACAAGGCUCGCUCUAAACUUGGGGAGAUUAUCCAUGACGUGGUGAGAUCACGCAGGACCUCAUCAGGUCUAGCUGACAACAACGACAACGACGACAUGCUGCAGAGACUCGUAGACUCUAACUGCAUCAACGGCCGGCCCUUGACCGAGAGUGAGAUCGCCGGACUAGUAGUCGGCAUGGUGUUUGCAGGGCAGCACACGACCUCCAGCGCCGGCGUCUGGACAGGAGCUUGCCUGCUCAAUGACGAUGGUGGAAGAGACCACCUGGCCGCCGCCGUGGAAGAGCAGAGGGAGAUCGUCGGCCGGCAUGGGCAUCGCCUGGACUACGACAUCUUGCAGGAGAUGGUCACCUUGCAUAGCUGCGUCAAGGAGGCGUUGAGGCUACACCCUCCAGCAAUGAUGCUGUUCCGUCACGCGAGCAAGGGAUUCAGUGUGCGGUCAAGAGAAGGCAACGUAUAUGAAAUCCCUAAAGGACAUACCUUGGUAACAUGUAUGGCCGUCGCCAACAGCCUGCCAUACAUCUAUAAGGACCCGCAUGUGUAUGAUCCGAGUAGGUUUGGUCCGGGGAGAGAGGAGGACAAAGUUGAAGGUGGCAAGUUCUCCUACAUGUCGUUCGGUGCCGGUAGGCAUGCUUGCCUUGGGAAGGACUAUGCUUACAUGCAGAUCAAGGUGAUAUGGAGCCAUUUGCUGAGAAACUUUGACCUCGAAUUGGUCUCCCCUUUUCCGGAGGAAGCAUGGGAGAAGCUCAUUCCAGAGCCUAAAGGUAAAGUGUUGGUAAGUUAUAGGAGAAGGGUGUGUUCUGCUUGAAAGAAUUUGCUAGGUUCUGUUCUUUUGCGUGUGGAGGACUGUCGGGUGCUAUAUAUAUGAAUUUCAAAUAUAAUUAAUAAGAGAGAGUGUGUACUGGGAAUUCAUUCUUAUCGGUACAACAGUGGAGGAGUGAAGGCAUAUGCUUCCAUGGCUCCACCACCAUACUAAUAAGAACUGAUUCAAUUCCCACAUAAAAAGUGUACCGGUGAAUGUAAUGUGCAGCGUCCCCGAUGUAGUGCAACAUAUAUUAAUUACUUCUCAAUCCGCAUGGAGCGCUGCCGUUGCCGGCCACCAUCUCCUCCUCGAACUCAUGGUACUUGACAAAGUAGUCCGAGGCCACAAAGCCCUCCAUGCGGAUACGCUUGAUGAUCAAGCUUGUGAGGUUACGCACACCC